AUGUUUCAUUUUAAGUUUUCCUCUUCUCCGGAUCCGCUAUUGAACUGCUGUAUCUGGUAAGCCUAAAUAGUUAACGUAAGCGGCUGAAGCACUACUUCUCUUGUUAACUUAUCUUGUCGAUUUAGUCUGGUGUGCUGCAGCACUAAGCAGCACGAAUGCUAGAAUUUUUGGGAUAUUUAGCCUUCCCGUCUUGGCUUUUUGGCUAAACUGCUGAAUAACCUGCCACUCUAAAGCAACCCCUAAAGAUAGGUGAAUACGCAGCUACUUUACCUGCUGGCAGAGGCCUCUUUUCCCUUGUAACCGGCGGGUGAGAAUAGCACUGAGGAAAAGAGGCUUGUACUAGCAGGGAAGCGGAUACUCAUUCACUACGUAUCUGCGUAUACACUUGCUAAGUUUCUUUUAAAUAUGCGCGUAUCCACGUUGAAAUACACUUAAGACAGCGGAUAAAGCGUACAGUAUGUCUAUUUGUCGUUCUAAAAGCCACCGAAGGUAGAAACGCGGAUGAACGGGAAUAACUGGUAUCCACGUAUCCAGCUCUUACGGGGAUACAGCUUCGGAUUGGCAGCCGUAUUCUGUAGUGAGUUUUGUCUUGCCUGCGGAAGAAGCAUUUCUUUUCGCGUUUUCCGGGCGAGCGAAGGCAAGCGAACGCGGCGACCUGAAAUAAGUCUGUGUCCGCAAGCUAUUUUUGAGCGUGAUACACGGGCGAUUGUGGAAGGCGCGAGAAAUAAACGCCCCCUUCGCGAGCAUCUCGCGCUCGCCUUCGGUCGCCUGAAAAACCUCGAAAAAAUAACGCCUGUUCAAAUUUUACGCUUAACACGGGAUCAAAACAGCCUUCCUCCUCGUCCACUUUAAAAGGCUGGGGAGCGCGGAGUUAAAUAGUAAUGUGACUUUGGUGACUAGAUCUGACUAUUUUUGUUGUUUCCUUCAAUUUUAAAAGCCUUUCAACCAUGGUUAAGCCAGUUACCUUAGCAUGUGGACACUCCGGAUGUCAGAGCUGUUUAGCAACGGCGUUUGCCAUGUCAUCUUCACCAAAAUGCCCUCUCUGCAAAAAGGUUUUCCCAAGUGGCGCCGCACUAAACGUCAACAUCGUCCUUGAUGACAUAACUUCGAGACUGGAGAUAAAGUGCACCAACAGUGGCUGUGAGUGGGUGGGGAAGCUUGUGAACCACUCACACCACUCUAACACUUGUGCAAAACUGCUUGUCGACUGUCAAAACAGAGGGUGCAUGGAGAAGAAGCCGAGGGAGGACAUGGGGCGGCACAUUUCCCAAUGCGAGAAGCAGGAGCUUCCUUGCCGCGACUGCGGGAAGCGCGUAACAAGGGAUUCUAUGCGCGAGCACAGUGAGUCUUUGUGCUCGCACAAAAGAAUCCCCUGUCCGCUUAGCUGCGGAACAAAUCUGCCACGGUAAGGCUUUUAUACAUAGCUUUGUAUAUAUUUCACAAAUAUUAUUCCUCGAGCUCGGAUGGGCUCUGAGGCAAUAGCUAUAGCAAUAGCCAUGAGAGCUCGAGGAAUAAUUAUUUUUGGUAAAAUCCAGCUAGUUGGUGAAAAGUCCCAACAUGGAAGGUGUUAGCCGACGUAACUUUACAUUUUUAACUUCUAUGUUUUCAUAGAUGUCACCUGACGCUUCAUUUGAGCGAAUGUUCCGAAAAGGCAGUGCAGUGUACAGUCACAGGCUGCAAGGCCAUCACAAAGAGAAAAGACACCGAAGAACACAUCGUUUCCGCCGCAGCCACACAUUCCGUGCUUCAGGCGGGAGAAGUGCAAAAACUACGGGGUGUGAUGCACUUUAAGGUUCGGUACAAAUCUAGCUUAUAAUUAUACAAAUACAAACAUUAAAGACUGCAAAGAAGCACGUAUAUAAACAAGAAUUACUGUAACACCAACAAUAUUUUAUUCAUGUGUUGAUUGUUAAAAAAGAAGAAAUAGUGAUUGCGCCUUUAUAUAUUUUGUACAAUCUUAAACUAGGAAGUAUUUAAAAAACUUCAAAAGACAAUCCUCGAACCAAAUAGUUCGCUGCAUAGGUUGCCAUUAUUUCUGCAAUAAAUUGAAUAUUAUCUUUCCCUUUUCUGCAGAGACCCAAACCAGCGUGGUUUCUGGAGGAGGAGAAUGUGUUCUCCUUCUGCUGGAAAACAAGUGGUUUAGAUACCCUAACUGAAUCCGGAGCGAGCACUGAAUAUCGCUGCCCUAACGGAAACAGGUGGAGAGGAAUUCUGUCUGUCGAAGGAGGCCAACUCCACCUGCUGUCCCUACAGCUGGUGUCUUCUGUGACACCGGUAAUAGUUGGAGCAAGGUAAGUGGGACUGUAGAUAAACGAUUGAUAACAAUACCUAGUUCUCGCCAUUUAGCCCAUCCACGGAGCCUCUUCACGGUUUCUAUACCCCAUAGAUAAAUUGCCAAGAAUCCAUAAACUAACAAUAUUAAAACAAAGAACUGAGGUAAAAUAUCAUUGACUCGACUAAAGUUAUACUUAGAAAUGGUCAUAUUCACACUAGGGACGGAUUAUUAUCCGUCUGAGACGGGUUAUCCGAUGAAUAAUUCGCGUCAGACAGAUAAUACGUUGAAAAUGGAACGGUAUUAAUUUUGGAUGGAGAAAAUCCGCCCGACUUUCUCCAUCUUUUUUUCCCGUGAAUUUUGAUAGAGUUUGAAGAUAGAUAACCCGUGUCUGUUGAUUUAACAAUUACGAAUUUGUCGAUACCUUUAUAUUCUUACACCAACAUUUCCACCCCUUUUUUCAGUUGUAAUUUUUACAUUUUCGUCCAUUAACUACAAUUACGUUCUGCCUUUAGGAUUGUAUUGAUGCCAGGAACAGCUUCGGAGAAGAUUUUCUCCUUCGAUGCCAGAGAAAUCAAAGAGGGGGAGCUGGCUGGAAAAAUUCCAGCAGUAGAUUUUCGUUGCAUUGUGACAGACGGGACAAUGUCUGUAAAAUAUGUUAUGUCAUAUUACAUAUUGAAAGAAGUUUAA